AUGGGAAACUGCUGGCCUAAGCCUGUAGAUAAUCUUCCCAGCCCCAAAAAUAUCAAGAACAAGACUAUCAACACCAGCAAAUCGUCCUCGUCCUCGUGGCCAUCACCGGCUGAUCUAGAUAGAGGUGGUGGUGUUGGCGGUGGUCAAACUGUUCCUCCAAGUGGUGAAAUCAUUGGUCCAAACGUGAAACUGUUCGCUCUUGCUGAACUGAAAUGCGCAACAAGAAAUUUCAGGCCUAAUACUGUGUUAGGAGAAGGAGGCUUUGGGAAGGUGUUCAAGGGUUGGGUUGACCCUAUAACAUAUGCACCAUCAAGAGUUGGUGUUGGAAUCCCAGUUGCUGUCAAAAAAUCAAAUCCAGAUAGCGAACAAGGAUUAAAAGAAUGGCAGGCGGAGGUAAAGUUCUUGGGAAAGUUUUCCCAUCCGAAUCUGGUCAAACUAUUAGGUUACUGUUGGGAAGAGAAGCAAUUUCUUCUCGUCUAUGAAUAUAUGCAGAAGGGAAGUUUAGAAAGCCACCUUUUCAGAAGGGAAAGAGGAGAACCACUUCCUUGGGAUACAAGGAUCAAAAUAGCAAUAGGAGCGGCUAGAGGACUUGCUUUCUUGCACACUAAGGAAAAGCAAGUUAUAUUCAGAGAUUUUAAGGCAUCAAACAUUUUGCUUGAUGGGGAAUUCAAUGCAAAACUUUCUGAUUUCGGACUUGCCAAGUUAGGUCCGAUUGAUGGUAAUUCACACGUAACGACUAUGGUUGUCGGCACGUAUGGUUAUGCAGCUCCCGAGUACAUGGCUACAGGUCAUUUGUACGUGAAAAGCGAUGUCUACGGAUUUGGAGUGGUAUUACUGGAAAUAAUCACAGGCCUACGGAUCUACGAUCAGAAUCGGCCUAGUGGGCGAACUAAUUUGGUUGAUUGGGCCAAACCUUUGUUACCAAGUAAGAAGAAGUUGAUAAAACUAAUAGAUCCACGUCUUGAGAAUCAAUACCCAUCCAAAGGUGCAUUUCAAAUAGCCGAACUCAUAAUAAAGUGUCUCGAGCGUCACCUAAAACUCCGGCCUGAUAUGGAACAAGUUUUGGAGACUUUAGAACAAAUUAGUACAAUACAAAUGACACAAAAGGACUUAAAAGCUCAAGCUAGGUAA